UUUGUUUACCGUUUGGUUUGUUUAUUUUCUUGUUUAUUUAGUAAAAAUAAAAAGUUCUAUUUAUCCUAGGUUAGGUUAUCAUUUCAUAUUCUGUUUGUUCGAUCGAACUCGAUUAUUCAUGUUAUUUCAUUGUGGCUAUGGAGCGACGAAAGGCAAGCCCAGAACAACUAAACAUGCUUUUACAUUUUCUGGAAGAAGACAAGGAACUAGCAAUUGGUAAAUUCACUGGUUUGGAAGGGCGAAUUCGACAAACCAAUGCUUGGAUAAAAAUUACAGAGAAGUUAAAUGCAAAUUCAGGAUUUGGAUCUGGUGCAAUAAAGACUCCAAUUAAAUGGCAGCAGACAUGGAGAGAUUGGAAAUCAAAUGUCAGAAAGAAAGCAUUCAAAAUUCGCAAGAACAGGUUUACACCUGGCUGUAAUGGCAACACUCAGCUAACAGAAGCCGAGGAGAAGAUUCUGAGACUAAUUUGUACAAAUACUUCAGUGUAUGGUCUUGCAGGCGUACCAGAAACCUCUGCAGUUUCAUCCAAUUCAAUGGCUGCAGCAGUACAGAGCAGUGGCAUCACUGAAGAUUUAUGUAAUCCUGAUCCAACCAGCAGUACUAUGAAGUGGCCAACAGAUCCCUCCCAAUACACCCAAGCUGAUAUUAGUAUUAGUCUGCAGGACGGUAUGGGUUCAGAAGGAGACAUUGGAAUGGGAUCCAAUGAAGUUUCUUCUGCACCUAUACAAGGAAAGCCAUUUUGGAAAAGGGGACGGCCAGUCAGACUAGUUCAUGACAGGCUUCUUAACUUAGAAGAAGAAAAAAUAAGAAUUGAAAAGCAAAAGCUUCUGGAGAAAAAGAGAUGCAAUAACAUACGUUUAAAAAUAGAGAGAGACAGACUGGAUAUUGAAAGACAGAGGAAUCAACUACUAGAAAAGUUGUUAGUUGCCGUGGAAGCAGUGGCCAAUCGAUAGCACGAAAGUCUGUUCCGUCUUGCCAUAAAAUAGUCACAAGUUGUCGUUAGUAAGUAUGAAAUGCCAUAUCAUGUAUUUGGAAUAGAAUAUAAGUUUGUGAUAAUAACGAUUCUACUAUUUGUAACCACGGCCAUACCGCCUCAAUAAAUCGAUUUGUUAAAAA